UUAUUAGGUGUGAAAUUAUUAAAUGCGUUGUUAAAAUGUCAACUAUAAUAAAGUACGAGCUAAAGGAAUUACGGAAACUAUCAAAUGAUAAGAACUCCUGUGUUGUGGAGAAAAAAGUAACUCAAAACUUAGCACUACAGCCCUGGUGCCUCGGUAACCUCAAGGAAGCCUUGAAAAACCUUUUGGAUUACAAAAUUGGAAAGUUUGAUAAAGAAUUCAAUGGUAUCCUGUUAAGUUACAAAAACUUGCGCGUUUUGCAAAACGUUGGGACAAUAAGAAAUGAUAAUGCCGAAGUACAUUUCCAAGUACAAGCAGAUUAUUUCGUAUUCCGACCGUACAUUGGCGCCAAGUUAAAAGGAAUUGUUAACAAAAAAAGCAACACCCAUUUAGGAAUUCUUGUUCAUAAAGUAUUCAAUGUUGUUAUUCCGAGACCAACAGAGGAGCCUGGCAAUAAGUGGAUUGGCUCAGUGGUUAAGGAAGGCCAAGAAGUGGUUUUCAGAAUAGUUGUACUCGAUUUAUAUGGGGCAUUGCCCUACAUCAGAGGAGAAUUAGAUGAAAGUUGCAUAAAGCAAGGUCCGGAUGGCGAUGAUGAAGUACACUCUAAGUCUCCAUCAAUGAGUGUAACUUACGUUAACUUUGACAAAACUAAACCAAUUAAUAUCCACAAGCAAAUAGGAGAUGGACUACCACAUACAUCGACAAAGACACAGAACAAUUCCAGUAAACAUAACUUAAAAACCUAUACACCACUGUCCAUAGCAUUAAAUGGAAGAAUGAACUCUACAAACAAAGAAAGUGAUAUAAGCUUUGUUGAAAAAUCCAAAAACAGACGGCAGAACAAAAUUUUAGAUAAUGAGGCUAAGCAACCUGAUAUGAGACCUUCAAAAAAACACAAAAAAGAUAUAUGAUAUGUACAAAUGUUCUAAACUUUUA